CGGUUGGCUACGCAGAUGACAGAGAAUUUGAGGAUUUGGGCUAAUACCCACGAUGCACUGCACUGUUUGCAUUCAAUGAUGGUUGUUCCGUAAUUCCAAGAUGGCGGUACAGGAAUCAGCUGCUCAACUUUCAAUGGCUCUCAAGGUUCAAGAAUAUCCAACUUUGAAGGUGCCCUAUGAAACUUUGAACAAACGCUUCAGAGCGGCUCAGAAGAAUAUAGAUCGAGAGACAAGUCAUGUAACUAUGGUGGUGGCUGAACUAGAAAAAACUUUAAACAACUGCCCAGCAGUAGAUUCUGUUGUAAGCCUUCUUGAUGGGGUUGUGGAGAAACUUAGUGUGCUGAAAAGAAAGGCAGUUGAGUCAAUACAAGCUGAAGAUGAGAGUGCAAAACUCUGCAAAAGGAGAAUUGAUCAUUUGAAGGAACACAGCACUGAUCAGCCAGCUUCUGUGAACAUGUGGAAAAAGAAACGUAUGGAUCGAAUGAUGGUAGAGCACCUUUUGCGUUGUGGUUACUAUAAUACAGCUGUAAAGCUAGCCAGGCAGAGUGGGAUAGAGGACUUGGUAAAUAUCGAGAUGUUCCUUACAGCUAAGGAAGUUGAAGAAUCUUUAGAAAGGCAAGAGACUGCUACUUGUUUGGCUUGGUGUCAUGACAACAAAUCCAGGCUUAGAAAAAUGAAGAGUUGUCUGGAAUUCAGCCUGCGGAUUCAAGAAUUUAUAGAACUCAUCCGUCAGAACAAAAGACUGGAUGCUGUCAGACAUGCAAGGAAGCACUUUAGUCAGGCUGAAGGUUGUCAACUGGAGGAAGUGCGACAAGUGAUGGGGAUGUUGGCCUUUCCUUCAGAUACUCACAUCUCUCCUUACAAGGAUCUCUUGGACCCAGCUCGAUGGAAAAUGUUAAUUCAGCAAUUCCGGUACGAUAACUACAGGCUUCACCAACUUGGGAAUAGCUCUGUGUUUACUAUUACUCUACAGGCUGGUCUUUCAGCUAUAAAGACACCACAGUGUUAUAAAGAGGAUGGUGGUUCAAAAAACCCUGACUGUCCAGUUUGCAGCAAGUCUCUGAACAAGCUUGCUGAGCCUUUGCCUAUGGCACACUGUGCCAACUCACGUCUGGUCUGCAAAAUUUCAGGAGAAGUAAUGAAUGAAAAUAAUCCUCCCAUGAUGCUGCCAAAUGGAUAUGUUUAUGGCUAUAAUUCUUUGCUUUCUAUUCGUCAAGAUGAUAAAGUUGUCUGCCCCAGAACCAAAGAAGUUUUCAACUUUUCACAAGCCGAAAAAGUCUACAUUAUGUAGAUACACAUACCAAGAUAAGGGGCAAAAAGGAAUCUGAAUAAGAAAGUACAUAACAGCAUGCCCUGUGAUGGUGGUCUGCUGUCUGGCAAAAGAGCAAUGGCCUGUGUGGAAAACCAGACCUUUGUGAUGGUAGCAUAUACAUAUUUCUGGUGACCAAAGAUCAAAAUGUAACCUUAACUGAAUGAAAGUAAGGAGGAUUUAAAAAGUGUGUACCUGAAACUGAUUUUUCAUUGUGGGGGAUUUGUAGAGCUGUAACGUUUUUGGAGAGAACUUUGACAAAAGAAAAAGCAGUAACCUUUACAUUAACCAUGCACAUAGGACUUGGAUUCAUUAUUGCUGCUGCCUUACUUUUUUGCCUUGGGGGGUGAUGUACAUCACUUGAAGAACUGCAGGUAUAUUUUAGUUUAAAAAUGUUGCUUCCAUUGGGGUGUGGAGUAUGGUAACCUUGCAUUAAUUUUAAGGUUUGCAAAUUAAACAUUAACUGGAGCUUGAAAAGUUCUGUUUUAGCAGUCUUAUACUAUAUGGAAUCCUCAUGACGUUUAAAAGGACCAUGCUUUAGUUUAAACAGUCUAGUAUUGGAAUAAUAGAAUUUUGUAUUAGUGUUUAUGCAUGUCAGUGUUUAUUAGUCAACAUAAGCAAUUAUAAAUGCAAAAGCCCUGCAAGGGUUGUUAAUAAAAAAUACCAUUUUCAA